AGCCUCUCAUUUAUCUACACCUCCAUCUCAUCUCUCUCAUCUCCUCUCAUCUCCCUCCCGAUCCAACCUCACCACCCACCCCCACAAAACAGCGAAUCCAAGAAAAUAAAAGAAAGAGGCAGAAAGAAAUGGCCAUCCCCCACUCCACAACCCAACGCCUCCUCCGCGAGCUAAAAGACUACACCAACAAUCCCAACUCCGCACUCCUCCACCUGGGCCCAACCAACGACGACGACCUUCUACACUGGGAGGCUGUCCUAAAGGGUGUCACAGGGACGCCUUAUGAAGGCGGCCUCUGGCAACUCCGCAUCGCCCUCCCCCCCAACUACCCCCUCAGCCCACCAAAGAUAACAUUCGUCACGCGCAUCUCCCACCCGAACAUCUCCUUCACGACCGGCGAGAUCUGCCUCACGCUGCUCACAACCGAGCACUGGAGUCCAGUCUACACAUUAUCCACGACGCUCUCGGCAAUCCAGCACCUGCUGACGGACCCGCGGCCGGAUUCGCCGCUCAACGUGGAUGUUGCGGCGCUGCUGAGGGACGGGGACGUGGCCGGGUGGGAGAGUAUUGUGAGAUAUUGGACUGGGGAGGAGAGGUGGGUUUCGUGAUGCAUCUUGACGUCUUGUUUGAAAUCUAUCUUACUGGAUUAUAUUCUUUGUUGUUUUGGGGGGAGGGAGUGGGGUGGUUGGAUUGGUGGGGGUGAUGUUGGUUGUUUAUAUUAUGACUGUUUAUAUCUUUAUUUUUAUACAUACCCUGCAGUAACAACUGCAAUGUCUAUACAUGCAAUAUUUUAAAUAUGCGAUGCUUUUAACGUGCAAUGCUCUUGUAUAUGACAUGUCUUUUAUAUGCAAUGCGCAUUCAGCCUAAUAUUAUACAUUACUUUACUAGAUCUGCUAAUCAAUAUGUAUUCAGAUUAUAAUACCCACGCUUUUAAAAGCCGAUAAAGACAGAAAACAAUCGCCGAUCAGAGA